AUGACAUCUCGAUACCAAGUCACCGAGCCUCACCCUCACGUCUCCACGUCCUCCUUCAUCCAUUCCGGCCGCGGCGGAGCAGGUAACACAUUCAAAGCACCCAAAACCAGCGAUGGCCGCAACGCACGCGGACCCGCAUCUCUCUUCACCUUCGGACUCCCCCAAACCUCCAUCAAAUUCAGCAGCGGCCGCGGCGGCGCCGGUAACAUUCUUCCCACGUCGAAAAAAGCCCCUUUUUCCUUUGACGAAGAACUGGAGCGUCAAAGCACGCGCGAGAAAAAGAUGAGUGAGGGUGGUUUGUGGCAUGUAGGUCGAGGUGGUGCCGGUAAUUAUGUCGGUGGCAGACCGGAGAGUGAGAGUGGGAGGAAGAACUCGACGAGUUCGGAGGAGAGUCAUGCGAGUGCGGGGAUUGGUGGAUUUUUGGAACGUUGGACUUCGAGGUCUUCGGGGUCGUCGAGGUCUUCGGGGUCGUCGAGGGCUUCGUAG